AACCACAAGGCGAAUAUAAACUUGGCGAGCCUACAUCUAUCUUUACCAUUACAAAUGACUAUUGACGAUCAAGAAUUGGCAGGAUCGUUUCAGGGUCUAAUGAAACUGCUUAAUUUAGACGAUACCCAAUUCAAAGAAUAUGAUUCCAGCACAUUUGCCACCUUGAACUUUUCCCAACUAUCCCAAGUUAAAACCGAGAUUGAAACACAACUUAGCCUAUUGUUUGACUUGUUGCAACAGAAAUACAAUGCUGAUAUGUCUACUAAUUUGGUCACUCCUGAUGGAUUUCCUCGUAGUGAUAUUGACGUGGUUAGUAUCCGAUUGAUUCGAGUCAAGAUCAUACGGUUGAGGAAUGAUGAUAAACAAGUGUUGAAGUUGUUGGAUGAGAAAUUAGUUGAAGAAUUUCAAUCAAGACGAGAUUUAGUUGAUAAUUCAGAAACGAGAAGCCGGCCAGAACCAACGUCAUAUACUAUACCAUUUGCUGAAGUUCGCGGAUUAGUGGAAAAUGGACCAGCUGCCAAGUCUGGAUUGCAAGAAGGUGAUCAAGUUAUUGUAUUUGACGAUGACAUCCAUGCCAUGAAUAAUAGAAAUCUUUCUGCACUAGUCACGAGAGUCCGUGGUAAAAUCAACCAAGAGAUAAACGUAGUUGUGAAGCGAAAUGGUGAGAGAUUAACACUUCAGUUGAAACCUACUGACCAAUGGGAAGGCCAAGGAUUAUUGGGAUGUCGUUUGGUACCUAUAUAAAUCUAUAGCAUCUAUUUUAACCACCAUGUAAUGUACUGGUAAAUGUAAAUACAUCACCACUUUCAAUAACGUAUUCCUCCAUACCUUCCAAUUCCCAGUCAGUAUCAUUAAUAAGAACAAGUAUACCGGGGCGUACGGUUCCGUCUUCUAUAAACACAGGAAUAUCCUUGGGAUCACUGAUGAUGGUCUUGGUUAUAUGAUCAAUCAACUCUUUCAUGGUGGCUUCACCUUCUUCGUAGGGGACAACACAUUUGUGUUCUCUGAUAGAAUUUGAUAUCACGUCUAAUCCUCCCAAGAAUUCUACUUUAACUUUAAUUGUCAUGUUGCUGGGU